AUGAGCUUUAGAGUGUCAACUGCGAGUUCGUAUUUGUGCCACAUUCUUGCGGCUUUUGCGAAGGCGGUGACACAGACGUUGCAAAUUGCCUCCUCGUUGGGCAACAUCGUGAUAAUUACGAACAGUGCCCCUGGCUGGGUUGACCAGUCUUGCCAAAUUUUCAUGCCGCAGAUCCUCCAGCAGAUUCGAAGUUAUCCGAUCUUUGCGAAGCCCAUGCACGCACCCCUGACCUUUAAGAUCACAACCUUCAGACGGGAAUGCAAGAAGUUUACGAACUUGAUUUCCAUUGGGGACGGAGAUGCGGAGCGUGCUGCCAGCCUAAGGCUGCAGGCACCCGCAGAGCGAAAAGGCCCCUUAGGCGAGGAAUCCCGGCAACGGGUGAAAUCAGUAAAGCUCGUGGAGCUACCAACUUGCCAGCAAUUGAUAGUGCAGCACGAGAUGCUCCAGGUUCGAAUGCCAGAUGUCACGGCAUUUCACGGCAGCCUGGACUUAAAGUCGCGCUUUCCAGCAGGCUCCCCUCAGUCGAAGGCUUGGAACAGGGCACAUGUACUCUUUAAUGCGGGCACCGAGCGUGAACUCCGCUCUUCUCCCGCUCUUCUGUUUGUGUGA